ACAACUGGUCAAUUUAUUGGGCCCUUUAAUUGCAUGCGAAAUGAUGCUCAGGAGUUCCGGUCUAUUAUGUGGAAGAAGAAAAACUUGCAAGUGCAUGUAAAUGAAAUCAUUUUUCGGGGUGAAAAAGAGUUGCCAAAUGACGUCAAAGCUCUGAAAACACCAUUUGAUUUUUUUCAAUACUUCUUGACUGAUGAUUUCUAUCAACACCUCGUUGACCAAAUGAAUUUAUAUGCUUGUCAACAGAAAAUCGAAGCUCGGUUUGUUACUAACAAACAAGAGAUUCGUCAGUUCAUCGGCAUCAUGAUGUUUAUGUCUGUGUACCGAUAUCCAAAUGUUCGUUCUUAUUGGGGAAGACAUUCAUUCGAACCAAUCCGAAAUGCAAUGACUCGAAUGAGGUUCGAACAAAUACGUCAGUUUCUCCAUUUCAACGACAAUUCUACCAUGGUGCAUAAGGGCCAGCCUGGAUACGACAAAUUACACCGAAUAAGACCAUUGAUAAAUCAUUUCAAUGAACGUUUUGGGUCUAUUCCUAUGUUACAUCGGCUUUGUGUUGAUGAACAAAUGUGUGCAACAAAAAUGGGAGGUAACCCUACACGUCAAUAUAUGCCAGCCAAACCACAUAAAUGGGGAACUAAGCUGUUCGUUUUAUGUGAUAGUAUGGGAUUUUCGUAUGCUUGCGAGAUUUACUCAGGUGCAGGAGAUAAUGUGGUGCCUGUAAAUGCACCAGAUCUUGGAGCAUCUUCAAAUGUCGUCGUGCGCUUGUCAAAACAUAUUCCAGAUGACGUAAAUCAUAUUGUAUAUUUUGACAAUUUUUACACGUCAAUAGGGCUUCUUACAUACCUAAGAAGUCGAGGAAUUUAUAGUUUGGGAACAGUUCGAUCAAAUCGAGUUCCAAAUAUAAAAUUAUCCACCGAAGCGGACCUGGCGAAGCGCAAAGUUGAGCGAGGUUACUCGGAAGAAUACGUUGCUAAUGUAAACGGCAUUGAUAUUAGCAGCGUUUUGUGGAUGGACAAUAAGAGCGUUCGACUUUUAUCUACUUAUUGCGGUGUUAAACCUUUUUUAUCAAACAUGUCAAACCCAGGACCUUCCACAUCUUCACGAUGGGAUAGAAAAACGAAGCAGAAGAUCGAAAUUGACUGUCCAUUUAUUAUAAAAGAGUAUAAUCGACAUAUGGGAGGUGUCGAUCUAAUGGAUGGUCUUCUAGGUCGAUAUCACAUUCGUAUGAAAACAAGGAAAUGGACAAAUCGAAUUUUUUUUCAUCUAUUGGAUGUGGCGAUGGUAAAUGCUUAUAUCCUUUAUCAUAGGUCAAACAAGGAAGUCACCAUUGAACUUCCAAAUUUUCGAUCAGAAGUAGCUGAGACUUUGUGCAUAAUUUCAACCGAUUCCAAGAAACCUAGAGGCCGGCCAGUGUCAUCACCAAUACCACCACCUUCGAAAUCAAAAAAGUCUUACUUUCCGACUUCAGAAGUUCGAUAUGAUAAUGUUGGCCACUGGUGCAUAUUUCAGGACCGCAAUGGUAAGAAAACUUGCAAGCAACCGGGAUGUAAAUCGGAGACGCAAGCAUAUUGCACAAAAUGUAAAAUAAACCUCUGUAAUUCUACCUCAAAGUCUUGCUUUAUGACUUUUCAUCAACGUUAGGUUUAUUCUUGAUUUUCUUUAUUUUUCAGCAUUUAAAUAAAAUAUUUUGAAUAACCCAUUAUGUUACACCUGUGUUAUUUUUUUUUCAUGAUAAGACCUGAGCCCGCCUACAGGCGGUCUCCUUAUUUUUACCUGUAAAAGGUGAAUACUUUUAUGUAAUGAAAAACUGAUUUCAGAUUCGUGUUUAUCACAUGCAUUUUAGUAUAUGCUGAAUUUUUGAAUCAAAUACAAAAAUAAGGCA